UUGCGCUCUUGCCUGCACGCUGUCUCUGGCUAACGUUUGGCCUCUCUCCUGAACCCAGACCACAACACUUCCCAGUCUGCCGCCACACGCACAACCAGACAUCCCGCCGCCACCUCUUCCCUUCCUCUUCUUCUCUUUCUUUUCUCCCCCCGGCCUCGGCGGCCUUUUUCGAGACGAUCCAGCAGGCAGUCAGGAACAUGUCGUCCUGGAUGAACAACCUGUAAGUGAAUAAGCUUUUCCUCUAUUUCAGUCGGUGAAACUGGGACGAAAUUCGGGGGCCUGCAUGCGGCGGGACAAGGUCGAUAUAUCCGGACCUUCCUACUGCCUCCCUCUACUCGACAUCACCCCAAGCACGACGUCCAAUUCCAUACCGCUUGUUCCAGUCUCGGCGGGCAGGCACAGUGAGCGAAGGCGGCACUCCCACGAAGUCGCAACUUGGGUCGUCAAGCCAACCCCACUCGCUCGAGCCCAAGUCAGCCACCAAGUCGCGGCAACAUUUCGUCGCCUUCAGCGAACAGUCCAUCAUCACUCUACCCACCAAACCUUCAGCAAGGUCAGACGCCUUCGUCAAGUGGCGCACCACCAGCCAACAUGACCACCAAUGAGCAAGUACAGCCGGCUGGCAGGAAGCCUCCAUUCUUCUUCCGCGACGAGUACGCCGGCUUCAUCGUCAAGGGUAACUUCAUGACUCUAGCCGCAAACCCGCUGCACGUUGAGUCCGGAGAGUGGCUGGCACAUCAGAUCGUUGAACAGAACCGUCUCUUGACCGGCAUGGUGAAGAUUGUGCAGACGGAUGACCGCGCUAGUGGAGUGGGCCUGUGCAACGAGAAGACUUGCCCAACCAUGUCCGCCGGCGGGACCACCUACACCUGGAUUGACACCAACCGCAAUCCCAUCAACCUCCCAGCCGCAACGUACAUCAAGCACAUUCAGACCUGGGUCGCUGGCAAGAUCCAAGACGAGUCUGUCUUCCCAACCACCACAUUCACGCAGGCGCCACCAGUUCCGGCCUCACAGCAACUCAGCAACGACCCAAACAACUGGCUCGGCAAGUCCUCUGGGUUUCCUCAGCGCUUCGAGGCCGAGAUCAAGAACAUGUACAAGCAAAUGUUCCGCUGCUACGCUCACCUGUACUGGUCGCACUGGCUCCAAUUCUGGGACCUCAACUCCUACCGCGAGCUUAACACCUGCUUCAUUCACUUCAUCAACGUCGGUCGCGCUUCCAGCCUCCUUACCGACCGCGACACCGAGCCCAUGCAGCCACUCAUCGACUUGUGGCUUCGCCGUGGCGACCUUCCCCACCUUGCCCAAGAUGGCGAGACCAAGACUGCCGCUGAAGAGGCCGCCAAGGCCCCAGCUUCUGCUGCGCCUGUUGACCAGGCCGCACCAGCUCCAGCUCCAGCUGCCUAAGUAAGGCAGAAACUUUACUCAAAGGCAGAAACUUCACUCAGGCAGAACUCAGUUGCUAAGUUGCGCUCAACAAUACGUCAUUGGAAGUAAUGGCAUACGUAGUGAGCUCAACAAGGAGAGAAAGAAAGAAUUACGACCCAUAUUGCAUUGCCUCUCCGUCCAAACCUCCAAUUUCAAGCCACCUGGUGUGGAACCUGAGAAUGUUUACGAGUUCUCUCUCGUGGCAUUCGAGAUCGUAAGACCGAUGUUCUCUAAUUCGCGCUCACGAUAGAAUUGUAAACUGUCGACUUUCGCUCUGGGAACUGUUCACUCUCGUGCUGCUCAAUUAUGUUAUGCCGAGGACAUGAUCUGCCGAACAGUGUAGAGACACACUGCUGCACUGUCGUUUUUGCGUGAUUGAGGCCCUUCAAUAAUGCUGUUUGAGGUGGGCAUGCAGACGAGUUCUCCGACGUGGCUGCGACGGAGCGACUAAACAAGCAACUCGUUUCAUCCCCUUGAGGUCUUAUU